AAGAUUUAAAAAGAACUUUACUGGAAAAUUAUGUACACAUGUCAAAUUAUGAUUUGUCUAGUGAAAUUUCCUACGUCAUGUAACACAUGGUUUAGUAAAACUACAUGCCAUUAGGUUUAGUAAACAAGAAAACUAAUGAAAAAGAAUUGAAAAUUUUGAGUUUUAAUUAUAAUAACAAAAUAAAGGGUAAAAUAAACAGUACCUGUAAAAAUAAGAUUUUUCGUUAAAAUAAUCGGUAUGGGAGUUUUUCGUUAAAGUUAAACUACGUGCCAUUGGUGAAAUUAUUGAUAGUUUUGAGGGGUAUAUAUUGCAUUUGAGCAGUAAAACUGUUGGGCCCAAAAGGGCCAAGACCCAACAGAAACGCAUGAAGUUUGGUGCAAGCUGUGUAGCUCGAGGCCCUAUUCGUCUCCCCCACCGAACCAAACCCUCGCAAAAUCCUGCAAACCCCUAAUUCAUCCCGUUAGCUGUUUCAGACGAAAAUGGUGAAGAGCGAAGCCAAAGCGCCGCAGCCGGCAGAGUACACCGCCGCGCUACUCCCGAUAGUGGAACCGAAAAAAAAGAGGUGGGAGAAGAAGAAAAAGAAGAACCCCAUCGCAAUCUCUCUCGAUCCUGACGGAAACCCGAUAGUCCCAGCGGCAGUCCUGGGCGGCGAGAAGAGUACAGGUACAGUUCGGGUCGAGGUGGGAUUGGAAAACCCAGGUGUUGGUUUGCCGAAAUCGAUUGAACAAAUAGUCUCGAGCAAUGACACGGCAACCUCAGUCCCUGCUGAGGUGGGAUUGGGAAACCCAGUUGUUGAUGCGGCAAAAUGUGUUGACCCAAUAGUUCCAACGCCGCAGUCGGAAAAGCACUCAGCCGCUCUGGUCUCGGAAGCAGCGCCGAAAAAGAAGAGGUGGGAGAAGAAGAAAAAGAAGAAUCCAAUCGGAAUCUCUCUUGAUCCUGACGGAAACCCAAUAGUCCCAACAGCAGACCCGGGCGGCGAACAGAGCAAAGGAAAAGUCCCGGUUGAGAUGGGAUUGGAAAACCCAGUUGUUGGUUUUCCGAAAUUGAUUGAACAAACAGUCCCAAGCCCGAUAGUCCCGAACAAGGAGAGGGAAAUCACUGUCCCUGUUGAGGUGGGAUUGGGUAACCCAAUUGUCGAUCCCCAAAAAUCUGUUGAAAUGGUAGUCCCAACGCCGCAGCCGGCCGAGCACGCCGCCAUGCCGCUCCCCGAAGCAAAGCCGAAAAAGAAGAGGUGGGAGAAGAGGGAAAGGAAGAACCCAAUCGCAGUCUCUCUUGAUGCUGACGGAAACCCAAUUAUUGAUUCCCUAAAUCCUGUAGAAAUAAUAGUCCCAACGCCGCAGCCGGCAGAGCACGCUGCCGUGCCGCUCCCAGAAGAAGCUCCGAAAAAGAAGAAGUGGGAGAAGAGGAAAAGGAAGAACCCAAUCGUAGUGUCUCUUGAUGCUGACGGAAACCCAAUUGUCGAUUCUAAAAAAAUUCUUGAAAAAAUAGUCCCAGCGCCACAGCCGGCAGAGCACGAAGCUGCGCUGCUCCCGGAAGCAGAGCUGAAAAAGAAGAGGUGGGAGAAGAAGAAAAAGAAGAACCCAACCGUAGUAUCUCUUGAUGCUGACGGAAACCCAAUUGUCGAUUCCCAAAAAUCUGUUGAAAUAAUAGUCCCAGCGCCGCAGCCGGCAAAGCACGAAGCUGCGCUGCUCCCGGAAGCAGAGCCGAAAAAGAAGAGGUGGGAGAAGAAGAAAAAGAAGAACCCAAUCGUAGUGUCUCUUGAUGCUGACGGAAACCCAAUUGACGAUUCUCAAAAAUCUGUUGAAAUAAUAGCCCCAGCGCCGCAACCGGCAGAGCACGAAGCUGCGCUGCUCCCGGAAGCAGAGCCGAAAAAGAAGAGGUGGGAGAAGAAGAAAAAGAAGAACCCAAUCGUAGUGUCUCUUGAUGCUGACGGAAACCCAAUUGUCGAUUCUCAAAAAUCUGUUGAAAUAAUAGUCCCAGCACCGCAACAGGCAGAGCACGAAGCUGCGCUGCUCCCGGAAGCAGAGCCGAAAAAGAAGAGGUGGGAGAAGAAGAAAAAGAAGAACCCAAUCGUAGUGUCUCUUGAUGCUGACGGAAACCCAAUUGUCGAUUCUCAAAAAUCUGUUGAAAUAAUAGUCCCAGCACCGCAACAGGCAGAGCACGAAGCUGCGCUGCUCCCGGAAGCAGAGCCGAAAAAGAAGAAGAAAAAGAAGAACCCAAUCGUGGAGACUGAUGGAAACCCAAUUGUCGAUUCCCAAAACUCUGUUGACAUAAAGGAACAAGCGUUACAGCCAGAGCCAGAGCCUAUAGGCCCAACUGCAGUCCCGCUUGAGGUAGAAUUGGAAAACCCAGUCGUUGAUUUGCGCAAAUCGAUUGAACAAACAGUCCCGAGCAAUGAGAAGGCAAUCACAGUCCCUGUUGAGGUGGGAUUGGGGAAUCCAGUUGUUAAUGCUGCGAAUUUUGAAGCAAUAGUCCCAAGCAAGAAGAGCAAGAGAAAGAAGAGCAAAACCACAGUCCCAGGAUUGGAAAAUCCAGUUGCUGAUGCGCCAGAAGCAGAGCAGACGGGACUGAUUCCGAAGCCUGAGUCGAUAGUUCCAGUAACAGUCCCGAGCACAACCACAGUCCCUGUCGAGGUGGGAUUGGAAAACCUAGUUGUUGAUGCGCCAAAAUCUGUUGAAGCAAUAGUCUGUAGCGCAACAGUUCCGAGCAAGAAAAGGAAGAUAAAGAAGAGCAAAACCACAGUCCCUUUUGAGGUAGGAUUGGAAAACCCAGUUGCUCAUGCACCACAAUCUAUUGAGGUGGAGCAGGCGGGACUGGUUCCGAAUCCUGAGCCGAUAGUUUCAAUGACAGUCCCGAGCACAACCAUAGUCCAUGUCGAGGGCGGAUUGGAAAACCCAGUUGAUUUGCCAAAAUGUAUUGAAGGAGAGCAUGCUGGAGUGCUUCCGAAGCCUGAGCCAGUAGUCCCAUCAACAAUGCCGAGCAAGAAGAGGAAGAGAAAGAAGAGCACAGAUAAUGUCCCUGUUGAUGUGGGAUUGGAAAACACAGUUGUUGAUGCGCCAAAACCUAUUGAAGUAGACCAGGUGGGACUGUUUCAGAAUCUGGAGCCGAUAGUCCCACUGACAGUCCCGAGCACAACCACAAUCCCUGUCGCGGUGCGAUUGAUAAACCCAGUUUUUGAUGCGCCAAAUUUUUUUAACGGAAUUGUCUGGACCCCACAAUGUGGAAGCUCGAGAAUAUAUGAGAACAAUAAUAACACUUCCACAUUCCCUAUCGAUGUGGAAGCUCGAGGAUAUGUUGAGAUAUGUGUCCUAUGUCGGAAAAAAGGGCAUAGCAUCCCGACUUGCCCUGAGCUGAACAACCUCCAUGUGCGUAGUGGAGUCCCGAAACUUGAAAUGGAAAUGAGAGAGAAGUUACCACCGAUGCCUUGGGGUAGACGGAAGAGGAAGAAAAGUAGUGGUGGUAAAGAAGUCGGUCCAUUGUGAAAGCGGGUUCGACUUCUUAUUCGCAAGAAGAAAAGGAGUUUCAUGAAGAUUUUGCGCGAUGAAAUUCAUGGGAUUUCUUGUUGUUCCCUUUUGUUUUUAUUUUUUCCAUCUACGCCCGGCUCCAACAUAUCUAUGCUUGUCCGGUGAAAUUUUUUCGUGAUGGACUCGAAAUGAAGGCGAAGAAACGACCGAAAACUGUCGAUUUUACAUGGUUCUGAAAUUGUUGAGCACUGAAGUUCCAUUUCAAUUUCUGUGGCCUUGUACUUGGUGUGUGAAAUUAUGUUGUUAGUCUCUUCCAAGGACAAGGAAGAGUAUGGCUUUAAUCCCAAUAUUUUCUGUUCGGAUAAUUUUAUUUAAA